AUCCACUCACCUCUACGAGCUAUACACACACUGCGCUCGACUGAGAUGUCAGCAUCUCCAACCAUCACGCUCAAGCCCACCGGGGCAAAGCUGCCCCAGAUAGGGUUCGGAACGUGGAAGCACUACGGUGAGAAAGCUUCCGAGGCCGUCUAUGCCGGAGCGAAGGCCGGCUAUAGACUGUUCGACGGCGCUGCCGAUUAUGGGAAUGAGAAGGAGUGCGGCGAGGGCCUGCGUCGUGCGAUCGCGGACGGCAUCGUGACUCGGGACGAGGUGUUCGUCGUGUCCAAGCUGUGGAACACGUUCCAUCGCAAGGAGCACGUUCGGGAAGCGGUCUUGCGCUCCCUCUCUGACUGGGGCGUCUCCUACUUCGAUGUGUACUACGUCCACUUCCCUAUCUCGCUGGCAUACGUUGCCCCUGAUGUUCGCUAUCCGCCGGGCUGGUUCUUCGACGGCAAGAGCCAGGUCAAACACGAUCCGGUCCCGCUCCGAGAUACGUGGGAGGCACUCGAGCAGCUCGUCGACGAGGGCUAUAUCAAACACCUAGGCGUGUCCAAUAUGGCCAGUGCCCUCCUCAUGGACCUCCUCAGCUACGCACGCCACAGGCCGUCCGUACUACAAAUCGAGAUCCACCCCUACAACGCGCAAGAGCGUGCCGUACAGUACGCGCACUCACAAGGCCUCGCAGUCACCGCAUACUCGUCCUUCGGCCCGCUCGGGUUCAGGGAGUUGGAUAGCCCGAAGGCGGUGCGCACGCAGGCGCUGUUCGCACACCCGACGGUCACCUCCAUCGCCCUCGCGCAUGCGCGCACGCCGGCGCAGGUGGUGCUACGGUGGGCGACGCAGCGCGGGCUGGCGGUAAUACCGAAGAGUAAUACCGAGCAGCAGAUGCAGGAGAACCUCGAGAGCGCGAGCUUCGACCUUACCCAGCAGGAGAUGGAGAUCAUUACAGGACUCAACAUCGGGUUGCGGUUCAACGACCCUGCGGACGAUUUCGAGGGCUGUUACAUAUUCUCGUAAUGCGUCGGAGUUCGUCUCCAUUCUCCUUGUCGCCUCAACGUGUCACGGUGGCCGCCGACCUACAGGUGUUUAACGUAAAGAUCCGACGUAUAAUCGGGCUUGUGUACGGUAUUCUUGGUUGUAUUCUAUCAUUGUAUCAUUUACCAAAAAAGCAUGGGAAUGUCGUUCUCUUACAAUAACUCAUGUAUCUUAUGGCAAUAUCGCUUACUC